AUGAGGUACCACAAUCAUGACUUCAAACGCAAAGACGUGAAGGGCACGUUUGAUGAACUUAAAAUCAAAGAUUCAAGAUUAUGUAACAGAUUCAUCUCAUUGUUCCAUGGCCGUUUCCGCAAUGUCAACACCACACCAUCUUCUUCUUCAUCUUCAGCGACUUUGUCGUCUUGUCUAUGCUUUCUCAGUAUUAAUAAUGAGCAGAGGAUAAGCCAGAUCAGACCCAGAAGUUCCCCAUCUAGCGAGAUCGAUGAUCAAAAGCUUCUGCAGUCAAGAUUGAUGCUCCCUUUGGCUAUGACGCAAAGGAAAACGAAAGAGAGCACGAGUCAAAGACAUGUGUCAAAGGAAGAUGCUGCGAAAGAGGCUUGCAGAAGCUUCGAGAACUAUAUGAUCCAUAUGAUCGUUGAAGAAGGGAAACUCGAUGACUUGGUGGACAUGGAAGAGCUUCUCUUCUAUUGGAAGAAACUUAACAGUCCUACCUUCAUUGAUCUUGUCACUAGAUUCUAUGGAGAGCUCUGCACAGACUUGUUUCCAACUCCAAGCAACAAUGACGGUUAA